CCCGGCCUCUGGCUGCUGCUGCUGGCCCGGCCGGCCUCGUGCGCCCCAGAUGAGCUCUUUCUGGAACAGCAAAACCUCUCUUUAUCCUCCGUGGAGCUCAUGAUGAAGAAAAGCACCGUGCACAGCACUGCACAUGUGGCCUUAACAGAAACUGCCCCAGGGUCCCAGGAAAGCAGUUCUCUCCACGUCAUAUCAUCUCCAUCCACCACUAUUUUUGAUACAAUCUUUUUUAACCAAGGAACAAUGACCCAAAGUAUAGCAGAUCACAGCAUCUUGGUGGCAAAUUAUGUGUCGAUGAUGAGCAAUGCGGUGGUCAGAGAGGAUGAUGAGAUGGAUAACUUUUUGCCAGAAGCUCCCUGGACCACUUCCCGCGUGGUUUCUCCGAUUCGGUAUCUCCCGGUCAGCCCGCCGGCGCUGACUCCAUCCUCACCCAUUAUUUCUUUACAAGACCAACAGAUGACAUCAGCGUGGCAGAACACAAUGCAACAACCAACAACGUAUACCGAAUCCCCCAGUCAUUUCAGUGCUUUUCGGUCAGCUUUUCCCACAUCCGAGGGCCUGCUUCCAACUCCUAGUAGGAACUUGGUGCUUUAUCCUACUGACGCUUACGGGCACUCAGCGAGCAGGACUUUGCCGGAGAUUGUGGCUUCAGGCACGGAGGAGGCAGAAACCCUUCUUUCUAGCUCUCUGUCUGCAGAGCCUCUGCCCUUAGGCAGUGGCCUGACUCAGCAGCCUUUGCCCUCCUGGGCGGAGGUCCCACCGCCUCCAGAGGAUGUUCUGGCCACGGCCACGGCCAGAUACCCUGAGGCGACCACAGCUGUGAGUCGUAGUCUAGAAGGAACCAUCCUUUCUAGAACAGAGCCUGCCGCAGCUCUGGCACAGAUGGCCCUUUCUUGUAGUGGCGGCAGCCCAAAUUCGGCUUUGUUCUCAUCUUCUCCUGCCUCCGUGUCCUCUUCUCCUCCAUCAGCUGAUGUUUCUUCUCACCCCUUUCUCCCCGGCAGCUCCGGUGAGACGUCGGAGCUGCCGGGCGACGCAGUGGUCGUCGCAGCCCUUGAGGACGACGCUCGCGGCCUGAGCCCGCUGUCGUCACUCAGACCGUCCACGGGGUGCGUGUCCUGCCGCGUGGCGUCGCCUCGGCUCGUCGCGUCAGCCAGCCUCCCGGGGGGGGAAGACGCGGGCUCGGGGGACGGCGCCGAGACCCUGUCGGUGACCGCACCGGAGGCCCGCGGCGGCGUCUCUCCGCCGAGCCGCGGAGUGGCGGACUUCCCAGAAUUCGAAGAAGAGCCGCAGGACUUCAAUACACGUUUCCCCUCCCGGCCGGUAGUUCCACUCUCUUCUCCCUCCGCGGGCGUCUCAGGAACGAGCGGUGGGGUUUCAGCCGAGGCGGGUGCGGGGAGUGUCGGGACCGGCCCGGUGCCUCCUUCCCGCGGCCACCUCUCUGCGCCGGCGUCACCCGAUCCGGCGCCCUUGGGCUCCUCCUCUGUCCCCGAAACGCCGGGACCGCCAGGCGGCGGCGGGACGGCGGGGUUUCCCUGGGUCAUCAGCAGCGUGCUGCCCGACUCGUCUGUCCCGCGCACCGCGGGCCACAACCGCCCCCCGCCCGCUCGCGGGGGCCCACGGCCUUCUCCGGCUUCCGCUCCGGGCGCGUCCGGGGAGCCUUCGCUGUUCCCUGACCCGGAGCCUGGCCGCUCUUCGGCACGUGAAACCGGACGGGCUUUGGAGUCCGCAGCCGGUUUUCUCUCAACUCCACCGCUGGAGCUCAGCAGCCUGGUCCCUUCAUCUUCAGAAGGACUUGCCUCUCCGACUUUGGGGACAGCGAGUGCCGCGGCCGCUUUCGUUUCUCAGGCGUCCUCUGCCGCGGUUGAGACACUCGCACUGUCGGACUCUCUCCGUGCGCCGUCCGCCCCGCUUUCCGUUCCUGCUUCCACAAACUCUGAAUUUUCUCAGCCCCGGCCGAGUUCAGACCUUCUUUUAAGUACAUUCACGUUUCUUCCUGGCUACUCUGAAAUGUCGCGCCUCUCAGGCCUCCCUUCUGAUUCUCUCAAGUUCUCUGAAGCAGCAGCAGUUUCCCCGACAGGUCCCGAAGCUCAUUUUACCUCAGCCCUCACUGAAACUACCUCCUAUUCUGAGUUGUCACUCAUUGCCCAUGACUCUGCGGUCACCACCCUGGUGCCCUCCAGGUCUGAGCCCACCCUUGACGUUUUGACUCUUGGGACUCACUUCCCGUCACCUUUGACUGCUUUUCAUACGACACCCAUUUUAGCAGAAUCUUCUCUCUUUCCAACUCCAACUCCAACACCUUCCAGUGACGAAGUCAGUGCUACGGGUGACCGCUCACCUGUCUUACCCUCUUUCUCCAAAGUCAUUGCCAGGCCCACACUGCUGGUCACUGAUGCGUACCUGUCGUCAGCAUCCUCGUUUGUUUCUGAGGUGGUCCCCUCACCUCUUCCUACAGAGCCAAUAUUUGUGGGCCCAUCAUUCACACCCACAGAGUUACCAAUGAACACCUCCACGGAACCCACCUCACCCAACACCAGUGCUGCCCCUGAUCGUACUGUUGACAGCACCCCGAGCAGCAGAACUGCGAGUCAGAAUCCCCCCGAGAGCAGUUCGGUGCGACCCCCGCCAUCCCUUCAUCCCGUGCCCACCUCCACUUCUGAAGCAACUGUUGGUACUCCGGCACUGGUCACCACCAAGCCGCCAUAUGUGUGUGAUAUUACAGUUCCCGAUGCCUAUUUGAUCACAACCGUGCUGGCCAGAAGAGCUGUGCAGGAGUACAUCAUCACGUCCAUCAAAGAGGUGUUGAGGAUUCACUUCAACCGGGCGGUGGAGCUCAAGGUUUAUGAACUAUUCGCUGACUUCACUUUCCUGGUAACAUCGGGGCCUUUCGUUUACACGGCAAUAUCAGUCAUAAAUGUACUUAUAAACAGUAAACUUGUACGUGACCAAACUCCUUUAAUCCUGGCUGUGAAACCUUCCUUCCUUGUGCCAGAGUCCAGGUUCCAAGUUCACACGGUUCUUCAGUUCGUGCCUCAGAGUGUGGAUACCAGCUUCUGCAACUUCACCCAGCGCAUCGAGAAAGGCCUGAUGAUAGCUCUUUCUGAAGUGAGAAAACACCACCAGGGGACGCAUAACUUCACCGUGCAGAUCUUGAAUAUCACCAUGGGUGCUUCAAGGCCAGCUCCUCGGCGGGGCCCGGUGAAUAUUGUCUUUGCCGUCAGGGGCACGCAGGGGUUUUUGAAUGGGACAGAAGUGAGCCAGCUGCUCAGAAACUUGAGCGUGGUGGAGUUCAGUUUCUACCUGGGGUACCCAGUGCUCCAGAUCGCCGAACCCUUCCAGUACCCGCAGCUGAACUUAUCUCAGUUGUUGAAGUCCUCCUGGGUGCGAACAGUUCUCCUGGGCGUUGUCGAGAAGCAGCUCCAGAAUGAAGUGUUUCAGGCUGAGAUGGAGCGCAAGCUGGCCCAGCUGUUCAGUGAGGUGUCCACCCGGAGGCGGAUGUGGAGAAGGGCCACCAUCGCUGCCGGGAACAGCGUGGUGCAGAUGGUAAACGUGUCAAGGCUAGAGGGAGAUGACAAUCCUGUGCAGCUCAUCUACUUUGUGGAGGAUCAAGAUGGAGAAAGACUCAGUGCAGUCAAGUCUUCAGAUCUGAUUAACAAGAUAGAUAUCCAGAGAGCAGCCAUUAUCUUGGGUUACCGAAUUCAAGGCGCUGUUGCCCAACACUGCUAUUUUAAUGUGGAUGCUUUUGCUUAUGAGCCAGAGAGCAAUCCUUGUAGGAGCUUGUUGCAGAUCCCUAGUGUGAAGGGCUUUGAUUUUGCUAAGCAGCAUCUGGGUCAGCACAAUAAAGACGACAUCUUGAUUAUUCAUGAGCCAGCACCACUGCCAGGACCGGGACCGGUGAAGGACCACACCACGCCCUCUGAAAACGGAGAUGUGCCGAGCCCCAAGGCAAAGAUCCCUUCCAAGAACCUCCGUCACAGAGGAAGAGUUUCUCCCUCGGAUGCUGACUCUACCGUAAGUGAGGAGUCCAGUGAGAGGGACGUGGGAGACAAGACGCCGGGACCAGUGAACGAUGGCCAGUCCCACAGAGGCCCACAGAGCGGGCCACCGCCGCCCAGUUCGGGGAACGAGCAGCACUCGUCGGCCUCCAUCUUUGAGCAUGUGGACAGGCUGUCCCGGUCCUCGGAGGCCAGCAGGCGGGUUCCCAGUAAGAUACAGCUGAUCGCCAUGCAGCCCAUCCCGGCCCCUCCGGUUCAGCACCCCGUACUGGCCGACCGGGUGGCAGAAACCAACAAAAUUAACAAGGAGAUCCAGACGGCGCUGCGGCACAAGUCCGAGAUCGAGCACCAUCGGAACAAGAUCCGGCUCCGCGCCAAGCGCCGCGGGCACUACGAGUUUCCGGUGGUGGACGACCUGUCCUCGGGCGACACGCGCGAGCGGCACCGUGUGUACCGCAGGGCGCAGAUGCAGAUCGACAAGAUCCUGGACCCCACGGCCAGCGUGCCCUCGGUGUUCAUAGAGCCCAGGAAGAGCUCCAGGAUAAAGCGAUCUCCCAAACCACGUCGGAAACACCAGGUCAAUGGCUGCCCCGGAGAUGCCGAGAAGGACAGACUCAUCACCACAGACAGCGACGGCACUUACAAAAGGCCCCCCGGUGUCCACAACUCCGCCUACAUCGGUUGCCCAUCCGAUCCCGAUCUCCCGGCCGAUGUGCAGACCCCAUCCUCUGCUGAGCUGGGGAGGUAUCCAGGCCUGCCCUUCCCAGCCUCCCAGUACAUCCCGCCCCAACCGUCAAUCGAGGAGGCGCGCCAGACCAUGCACUCCCUCCUGGAUGAUGCUUUUGCUCUCGUGGCCCCCAGCAGCCAGCCUGCCAGUUCUGCGGUCGCAGGCCCUGGAGUCCCAGCCAUCCUGCCUGUGAACAGCACCCCUUCCCGGGAUGAGAGGCGAGCCACCCAAUGGGGGUCCUUCUACAGCUCUGCUCAGACGGCCAACAACCCAUGUAGCAGAUAUGAAGACUAUGGAAUGACUCCCCCAUCAGGCCCAUUGCCAAGACCAGGUUUUGGCCCCGGUUUGCUGCAGGCUUCGGAGCUGGUGGCCCCAGAGCUCCAGCAGCCACAGGCAUCGGCUGAAGCCCCGGUCGCCGCCCGAGGGAUCUACUCGGAGGACAUGCCAUCGGUGGCCCGGCCACGGCCUGUCGGGGGCACCACAGGCUCCCAGAUUCAGCACCUGACGCAGGUGGGAAUUGCAAGCAGAAUUGGAGCCCAGCCAGUGGAAAUCCCACCAAGUAGAGGCGGCCAGUAUGGGGGACCAGGUUGGCCUUCAUAUGGGGAGGAUGAAGGUGGCCGAAGAGAGGCUACACACAUGCUUGGACAUCAAGAAUAUUCUUCUUCACCGCUGUUCCAGGUGCCAAGGACUUCAGGUAGGGAGCCCUCCGCUCCUCCCGGGAACCUCCCGCACAGGGGGCUGCAGGGUGCGGGGCUGACUUACACCACCAGCUCCACAGAAGACCUCCAGCCCGGCCACUCUUCAGCUUCACUCAUCAAAGCGAUCCGCGAGGAGCUGCUCCGGCUCUCCCAGAAACAGACCGCCGUGCAGAACUUCCACAGCUGAUCGGCCUCGCCUUGCAGAUUUGCCAAGUAUCUGCUUCCCGUGGAAGCAAGACUAAAUGGAAAUCAACUAAAUGGGUGUUUGUGAGAGAACGCACAUCUCCUGGGCUAGGUGCCCGUGUAAAGGAGCAAGUUGCAAUUUUAGAGGACGCCGUAAGUCACAUGACAGCUUAUGAUGCUUUUAAUAAGUUGGCAAUUUUUUGAUCACUUGGGUUUCAGUCAAAAUUUAUGUACUUUUGGCCAAAAGCCAGCAGCACUUCAUGAAAGCAAACCACAAACCUAAGCUAACAACAACAACAACAAAUCACUAAAUUAGUCUCCUUUUUAAAGGUAAAAGAUGGAAAUGUGUAGAUGGUAUAGGGAUUAAUGGAAUCCAGCAUUUCCGUGGGAAGAUGUGAUUCAGACUGGUUUGUAUGGUGAACUUGCUGCUUUGUUUUCUGAGAAAAGAGAUUUGAAGACAUUUUAUUAACAGCUUGAUUUCCCUCUUUUUCUCCAUAGGAACUUAUUUUAAUAGUCAUAUUAACAACAAAAAUACUAAGACUGUUUGGGAAUAAAAAAAGCUACUAGUGAGAAACCAAAUGAUAGAUUGUAGAGCCUGAUGAUUCCAAAAGAAGCCAUCAUCUGCAUUUUUCCUUCUACUUCUGGUGCUACAGCUCCGAGGGCCCCUUCACCUUUAUGUCUGUGAAAUGCAACUUUGGCUUUUUCAAUGGGAGGAUAUGUUGAAGAUUUCAUUUUGUUCUAUGAAGAAAAAAAAAACACCUCCCAAACGGGGGGGCGGAGUUUAAUAUUUAUUUGGUUAUUCAAAAUACAUAUCGAAGUUUAGAUUUA